AUGUGCGAGCACAAUCUUCUUAGUUCUGGGUAUGUUUCUCCCCUUUUGAAUUUUCACUCUCCCGACUCCCUGUACCUCCAAAACUUGCGAGGCAGUGGAGUCCAUCUAUCUGGGCUUCCGCAGAUGUCCUACAGUAGGAGAGAGGUGUGCGCGCACCCGUGGAGUUCUCCAAAUUCGGCCCAGAGCCGCGCCUACAGUGGCUACUCUCAGCCGUUUUUUAGCAAUCCAGCCGCUGUGAGCGCUAGCCUCAACACUCACAAAAAGGGAUCACUGGAGGAAUCCGGGAGGUACUACUUCCAAGAUGUCAGCCACAAAUCAGAGGAGCCUGGACGACCUAAUGCAGCUUACGCAUGUGAGCAGAGAAUCACUGGCUCUGCCAGCAACGAAGUUUCGAGCUCAGAAAGGCGAAAGCAGGACAGGGUUGCACAGAAUGAACUGAACUUCAGUGACCAGCCAGUGACUGAUGGUUCAAAUCAGUCUGUCAGCUCCAACGCUCCAUUUCAAACAUCACUGAACACCCAGGCUAUCAGAUCAGCCUUCUCCGAUGGAUUGCCGUGGUGUCCCUCACAGGUGAGAUCAAGAAAAAAGAGAAAGCCUUACACAAAGCCACAGUUAGCCGAACUGGAGAACGAAUUUAUGAUUCAUGAAUUUAUAAACCGACAGAAACGAAAGGAGCUUUCCGACAGAUUGGAACUGAGUGAUCAGCAAGUGAAAAUCUGGUUUCAGAACCGCAGAAUGAAGAAAAAAAGACUUAUGAUGCGCGAGCAUAUCUUCACUGUUUACUAAUUUAUUAUUAUUAUUAUUAUUUUUAACAAUAUAGGGUUUGUUUAUUAGGUGAUGGCAUCAUUCAUACAAUAGAUUUUUCUUAUGGAGAUCAAAGUCCACCAAACCCUUCUGUCUGGAAACGAUUAUCUCCCGACCACUUAUGAAAUGUAAUUUAAAAUCGAAGCUGAAUAUUUUGAAAUGUAUAUUUAUUUGCCAAAAACACGGAGCAUUUGUAUGUGUCUGGAGUAUGUUUUUUGAUGGGAAAAAGGAUAAUUCCAUAGUUGUAA